AUGAAUGAAAAUGCCCCUGGAAAUAAUCAAAUGAAGUCUCCAACAAUUCAAAAGGAUUUAACACGGGCUUGUGCUGCUGAAGUCACAAAUGUCAUUCUUAAUGAUAUAAAAGACAAUAUAUUUUCUCUUAUGGUUGAUGAGUGUCGAGAUAAUUCAGUCAAAGAACAAAUGAGAGUUGUUUUAAGAUACGUGAACAAACAUGGAUGUGUUAUUGAAAGAUUUCUUGCUAUUGUACAUGUGUUUGAUACUUCUGCUAUUUCUUUGAAGAAGGCUAUUGAUGAAUUGUUUGCAAAACAUAAGUUGUCAUUAUCAAGAUUGAUAGGUCAAGGAUACGAUGGAGCUUCAAAUAUGCGAGGUGAGUAUAAUGGAUUGAAGGCUCUUAUAUUGAAGGAAAAUUCAUCUGCAAGUGGUAUCGCCACCAGUUUGAUUGAUAAGAUGGAGAGUUAUGAAUUUGUGCUUAUGAUGCAUUUGAUGAAAUCUUUAUUGGGAAUCACAAAUGAAUUGUCACUUGCCUUACAACAAAAGGAUCAAAACAUUGUAUUGGCUGUCAGUUUGAUCAAGACAAUGAAAGUUCGAUUACAAAAAUUGAGAGACGAAGGAUGGGAGAAUUUUUUGGACAUCGUCAACAAAUUUUGUAGUAACCAUAUGAUCCCAGUAUCGAAUAUGGAAGAAAAUAUGAGAACUCGUGGUCGUAGCAAAUGUAAUGGACAAAUGGUUACUAAUUUUCAUCACUAUCGUGUUGAAAUUUUUUGUCAGGUUCUUGAUAUGAUGGUUGAAGAGAUGAGUAAUCGGUUUUCAGAAUCAAGUACGGAGGUACUUACUUGCAUUGCUUGCUUAGAUCCAAAGGACUCUUUUUCUCAAUUUGAUAUUGGUAAGCUACUUCACCUUGCUGAAUUUUAUCCGGAGGACUUUUCAUUGACUGAUUGUGUAAUACUUGAGGACCAACUUGAGACUUACAUUCAAAAUGUACGAGAUGAAUUUUCUAUGAUUGAAGAUUUGGGAAGUCUUGCUAUAAAGAUGGUUGAAACGGGCAAGAAUACAAUAUUUCCAUUGGUAUAUCGUUUGAUCGAGUUAGCAUUAGUUUUACCAGUUGCAACUGCUUCUGUUGAAAGAGUUUUUUCUGCGAUGAAAAUUAUCAAGACUGAUUUGCGUAAUAGGAUGGGAGAUGAGUGGAUGAAUGACAGUUUGAUGAACACUCGUAGGAUCCAGUUGCCUCCUCUUGUUUGUAUGUCUAGAUCUGAUGCUGGUGGUUCAAACAUACCUCCUUUCACGGCGGCUCUGCCCAAGGCCGCGGCGCCGCCUCCAUCUAGGAAAGGUGACACCGGGAGGGCAUUCUCAACCACCCACCCAGAUAUGCCACGUGUUUAA